AAAGUGAUCGAGGAAGAACCCGAAGAAGUACAAAUUGAUCAAUUGAAGACAGAAAGUAUUGUGAAAGAAGAAACUUCUCCAGAUUUUGAAGAGGUUCCUGAAGUGCAACAAGUGCUGGGGCUCCCAGAAAAGACCAAUGAAGAGGAAGAUCCAAGUGACGAUAGUAAGCCACGUAAAAUUAAAACAAGUAAGCGUAUAGUUAAAAAGAAAUCAGGUCCCAAACUCGAAACAACAGAAAUUACAACAACACAAAUAGACCAUAACCAACCGAUCAUUACAGUCCACACAACAGAGGAAACACUCGAUGACACUACAUCUACACUUGAUACAUUACCCAAAACACAAAGUGCUAAAGUGACCAAAGUUAAACCUGAACAAGUACAAUUUGAUCAAUUAAGGACAGAAAAUGUUGUCGUAAAAGAAGAAACUUCUCCAGAUUUCGAAGAAGUCCCUGUGGUUCAACAAGUGCUGGAGCUCCCAGAAGAGGCCAAGGAACAGGAAGUUUCAAGUGAUGAUGAUGACUCGAAGUUAGAAAAAGUACCCAUCGUAAAAUUCGAUGAAAACAUAACAAAACCCAUGCAUUCAACGGAAACAAAAGAUAAACAGCCUAAAUUAAAUGCAAAGAAAUUAAUUCCCCUUAAAGUAGAACACGUUGAUGUUGAAACACCACAACACCCUGAAAAAGUUGAAAAUAUACAAUUUACAAAAGUUAAAUUGAAAAAACCUGUUCAGAAACCUAAACCAGAGCCAACAUCCACUGUAACUCUGCCCAAAUUCCAGCUAAAGAGCCGAAUUAAAAUAAUUGAUGACUGGCCACCAAAGGAAAUAAAACCUAUCUUUACCAAUUUAGGAAGUAUUCGUCAGAAUGGAGAAAUAUCACGAAACGUAAAAGAAGCAGCAAAGGUUAAGAGAAAACCUGUCAAAAUACCUUCAAUUCCGGAAGCGGAAAAAACUGAGUUAGAGAAACCUGAAAUUUUCCCAGACAUUUCUAAAAAGCUAGAUAAAACAAAAACAGAAGAAGACCUCGAGCCAAGUAAGCUUACAAUUGAAGAAAAUGAAACAGAACAAAAACCUGCAGAGCCUAAAAUGAAACCAGACGUAGUUAAGACUGAUACCCAAAAAACGCCAACAAAACUUUCCAUUGACACGCAAGACGUAAGUGAAAAAAUUACUCCUAUUGAAAAAGAGGCCCCAAAGAACAAAGAAAAAUCAAAAGAUAUAGAGGAAAAGGUUAAAAAAAUAGAUGAAAUAGAGCCACUACCCACAACUGAAAGUGAAAUAGAAAUAAAUGAGAACGCAUUUGAUAAAAAACCAGUAAAGAAACAUCCUAAACUCGUUCCUCAACAAAUAGAGAGUAAAACUUUUGAACCUAGUAAACCUCAAUUCGCAGAUAGUACUGAAGGCCCGAUAUUCAAAAAGCUUAAAUUGAAAAAGACAGUUGCUCCUCUGAAACAGGAUACGUCAUCAGUUACGUUACCUAAAUUUCAACUAAAAAGUCGUAUUAAAUAUGUAAAAGAUUGGCCUCCAGCCGUUACUAAGCCGUUAAUAGCAACAAUAGGAAGUGUACGUCAAAACGGAAUACUUUCGCGUAAUGUUAAAGAAGCCGCAAAACUUAAAAAAGUAGCCAUUCCGACGCCUAAACUACCUGAAAUUAAACAUACACAAUUAGAGAAAGCAAUGUUCGAUUCUGAAGAUAUAAAAUUAAGUUUAAAAGCGAAACACGAAGAAGAAAUAAUUGAACCGAUAGAAGAAACAGAACCAGAACAAUUUACAAUAAAACCUAAAAGGCCAAGUAUUAAGAAAGUACAAGAAAUAACAGACGAAGUCACUAUUAAGAAAACACUAAAACCCAUAAGAAAACCGUCCAUUCCACAAGCGGACGACGCCGAACCAGAAACAGUAACGUUUAGACCUAAAACGACAAAAACAAAAGAGGAUGUAGAACAAGAAUUUAACAUUCACUUAGAUUCCUAUGCUGAAGAAGAAAUCUCGAUGUCGAGUAAAGUAAAAUUAAAGCCUCAACGAAUUCCUACCUUUAAUGAAGAAGCUAAUGAAACAUCAAUCAAAUUUUAUGAAGAAACAGAAGCAGAGGGAUCGAUAGAAAUCAUAGAAACUGACGAAAAUGUAAGGGAUGAAACAGCAGAUAUUAUAAUACCUUUUAAGAAACAGCCGGAAUAUAUAAAAACAAACGAAGACGAAGUAACUUCAAACAUUCUUAAACCAAAGUCGCGACCAGAAAUAACACAAGAUGUAAAUAUAACUUUGGACAAAAAGCCCAAAUACACGGUUCACGAUCAAGAGGGCGUAAGUUUUGAUGUUAAAUCUCGUGCAGAAAAAGUCACUGCUGAAGAUGUAUCACUAUCCAGACAUGUGAUUAUUAAGCCAAAAACAAAAACUACCCACGCUGAAGGGUCUGCAGAAACUUCUAUCAAAGUGACUCAAGAAGUUGAAGAUAAUAGCCAAAUAGAAGAAAUAGUUGUAAGUGAUGUAGAAUCAGAAGAAAAUGUUAAAAUGAUAAUUAGACCAAGGACGAAGAAACCAAACUAUGAAAUAAGUGAAGUAGAAGAGGUAAAUGUUGAACUAAAACCGAAAAAACCGAAGAAUGAUUUAUAUGAAGAAGAAAACCUUACAUUUUCUACUAAACGUACACCAAGAAAGCCUUUGGAAAUACAAGAAGCGGAUGCAUCGAUGAGUAUAGCUAGGGAGCAGGAAUUCCCUGAAACUCCAGUCAACGUGCGCAGAGGUGAUACAGUUUUCGCCGUUUACUCGUAUGUUGCAGAAACAAACGAUGCUAUAAAUCUCGUCGAGGGUGAACGAUUAUAUAUUUUAGAAACUACAAAUCAAGACUGGUGGUUCGUUCGAAAACAUCUAACUGAAGAAACAGGUUGGGUACCGGCACAAUACCUAAUGGAUGAAGCAAAUUACACUUCAUAUCUGCAAAAGAAGCUUAAUGAAAAAAUCGAUAAGCUUCCAGUAUUUGAAAAACCAACAUCUGAGGAACAGGCUAUAGCGCCAAUAUUUGUGGAAAAGUUACGUCCUAAGCAUACUCCAGAUGGAUCUACCGUGCAAUUUGAAUGCCAAGUGGAAGGAUAUCCAAGACCGCAAAUCACUUGGUUCAGACAGACAGCUAUAAUAAAACCAUCUCAGGAUUUCCAAAUGUAUUACGAUGAUGAUAAUGUUGCUACUUUAAUUAUUCGAGAAGUAUUCCCAGAAGAUGCUGGUACAUUUACUUGUGUAGCCAAAAACGCAGCUGGUUUUGCAUCAAGUACGACUGAAUUAACCGUUGAAGCACCGUUGUCGGAUCAUGGUUCCGAAAUGACUAUAUUAUCAAGAAAAAGUCUUUCUAGGGAGUCCUCUUUGGCUGAUAUAUUAGAAGGCAUUCCACCUACAUUUUCAAAGAGACCAAAGGCGCAGUAUGUCGAUGAAGGCUCUAAUGUUUUGUUAGAAUGUAGACUUGUAGCUAUUCCGGAGCCAGAUAUAGUUUGGCUAUUUAAGGGUGAAGAAGUAUUGCCUAGCGAAAAUAUUUCUAUAGUAACAGAAUCAGACAUGCACAUGUAUUGUAGCGUUUUAAAAAUAACAAAUGUGAAGAAACAUCAAGAGGGUACAUAUACAGUGGUUGCAGUAAAUAGAGAGGGUGAAGCCAAUUUACCUAUUGUACUGAAAAUUAAGACGGGUCAAAAGGAAAAGCCUCAAAUUAUUGAACCUCUUAAAAACAUGUCUAUAAGAGAAGGAGAAAGUUUUGUUCUCUCUGUUCAAGUAGUUGGAAACCCGAAACCGAAAGUAGCAUGGUAUAAAAAUAACGAACCGAUAAAAUCAGACGUCUGCAAAUCUGAUGGCGACAUACACACUGUUACGAUAAUAAAACCAAGAAAAGGAAUAAACGAUGGGAUUUACACCCUUAAGGCUAAAAAUACUGAGGGAUCCACACAAACUAAUGCCGUUAUAAGUAUAGAAGAACCUACUGAAGAAGAUGCGGAGCCGCCAUUAUUCAUUCACAGAUUCCAGGAAAUAACUGUUAACGAAAAAGGUACUAUUAAACUGUUUGCCAAAGUAACGGGUAACCCUGUUCCCACUAUAACGUGGUAUAGAAAUAAUAAAGUAAUAACUCCCUCCGAUACCAUUACCCAAGCUUUUGAUGGUGAAAAUAUCGAGCUAGUUAUACGUAAUGUAGAUUCUGAAAUUGAUUCUGGAGACUACAAAUGUGUAGCGUCUAAUAGUGCUGGUAAGGCAUCUCAUGGCGCUCGUGUGACCAUUGAUGUAGAUAAAGUUGUAUUUGUUAAAAAUCUCCAUAAAUCUUAUGAGGUCGAAGAAGGAAAACUAGUUAUUUUAGAAUGCGAAACAUCUCACACGGUUUCUACAAAAUGGUACCACAAUAACAAAGAGUUAAGUGGAAUGGAUCACAGGGAAAUAAUACAAGAAUCCCGAAUUCAUAAAUUGAAAAUUAAGAAAACUAAACUUACUGAUACUGGAAAGAUAAAAUGUAUCGUGAAAGAUCAAGAAACCAGCACAGACUUAAUAGUCCAUGAGACCACUCCAGAAUUUAUAAGAAAAUUACAAGAUUUCGAAGUUAAAGAAAAAGAUGUUGCAAUCCUGGAAGUAGAAAUUAAUUCAGAAACCGCAGAUGUAUUGUGGGAAAAAGAAGGUAAAAUUAUUAAGCCUAAGAAAAACAAAUACGAUUUUGAAAAACGAGGGAAUGUUCGAAAAUUAUUUAUCAGGAAUACUUCAGUACAUGACGAAGGGGAAUACACUUGUAUAUUACGUGAUGAUGCAUGUACUGCAGAAGUGACAGUUGUCGAAUUGCCUCCCGAAAUCAUAUCACGUCUUACAGAUCAAAGAGUAAAGAAAGGUAACAAAGCAACAUUUGAAAUUGAACUGACAAAAGGUGAUGCUUUAGUACAAUGGUAUAAAGACGACAUGGAAAUACAAUUUUCAAAUCACAUUCAACUUACUAUUGAUGGUAAAAAACAAAAGUUAAAGAUUUAUGACUGUGAUGAUAGUGACGCGGGUGAAUACGCAUGCGUUGUAGGUAAUGAUAAAUGCACAGCCACACUUACUGUUGAUACACCAACAAUAGAUUUUACCUUGCGUCUGCCUGAAUUUAUCAUAGUCCCGGCAUAUUCAGAUGCAUAUUUAACUGUCGAAAUACCAGAUGAACAAUAUGACGUUACUUGGCUAAAGAGAAAAAAUAAAAUUGAAGACUCAGAAAAGUUUACUUUAAUAUCUGAUGGUAAAAAACGCACUCUAAUUAUUAGAAAAUGUCUGGAAGAAGACCAAGGUGAAUAUUCUUGUGUAUUGUUAGACGCGAUGUGUUCGACGAAGUUAAAAGUUGAAGUUACAGAAUUCUCUCCUAAAAUCUUAGACUACGUAAAGGAAUACAAAAUAAAGAAAGGAAGUGACGUAACAAUAAUUGUCAGUUACGAGGCUGUUCCUAAACCUAAUGAUGAAUGGAUAGUUAAUUCUAAGAUAAUAAAAAGAUCCAAGCAUACAAAACCAUUCAUAGACUCUAAAAGUGCUAGCCUCACUAUUAAAAAAGUCGAUAAUACGGAUGCUGGCAUUUAUAAACUUCGUCUAGAAAACAACUGCGGAAAAGCAGAUGUUGAUAUCAAUGUCAUCAUUACAGAUAUUCCAUCUCCACCUGGAAAACCUAACGUAUUGGAGGUUGAUGACACAUCUAUAAACAUAUUUUGGGAUGAACCAAAGAGUAAUGGAUUUUCGGAGGUUACUUGUUACAUUGUUGAAUAUCAAGAAAAGAAUACUUCCGAAUGGAUAUCAAUCGAAAAUAUCACGAAAACUCAAGUCUACAUUAAAAAUUUAAAGGUUGAUACUUAUUAUCGAUUCAGAGUAUUUGCGGUCAAUGAAGUUGGUGUAAGUGAAUCUUCAGAAUGCUCUGAAUUUAUACUCAUAAAGAAAAAGGUAACAAAACAACCACCCUCUGUAGAAAAACCACUAAAAGAUGUAAUAGGAACUCCAAACGAAGAUGUAGAGCUGACUUGUAUAUUUGGAGGUAUGCCGCAACCAAAAGUUACAUGGUUUAAAGAUGGAAAGAAAAUUAUUACUUCGAAAUCUACAUAUGUCAAUAGAGUAGCAACACUUAUUAUUUCGGUGGAGGAACAAUCUCAAGGGGAAUACAAAUGUGUUGCUGUAAAUGAUUACGGUGAAGUAGAAACAUCGUGUAACAUAGAAGUACAACAGAAACCAAUCAUACAUAUAACGGAAAUCGAGACGACACAAAAGUUAAGAGUCAAUGAUAAAUGGUCUGUUACUGCCACUAUUGAAGGUAUACCCAAACCGCAAAUUGUUUGGUAUAGAAAUGGGUCUAAGAUCGAUGAUUCAAGCGAUAUCCGUAAAACAAUUAAGGAUGACGUUAGCGUGAUAAACAUUCCUAAAGUUGAAAGGGUCCACAGCGCCAAAUAUACAAUUGAAGCUUAUAAUAUCGCUGGUUCCACUUCUUACGAUGUCAACUUAAGUGUAUAUGAUGUACCAAGUAAACCGGAAGGUCCUGUUGUUAUGAAGGAAAUAAGCAAAGAAUCUGUCACAAUUCAAUGGAAACCUCCUUUGGACGACGGCGGAUUAGAUCUAACAAAAUACGCAGUUGAAAAAUAUGACCCGGAAAUAAAGCAAUGGCUUAAGGUGGCUGAUGUUGAUAAAGAAGUGACGACGUAUUGCUUCCAAGGAUUGAAUGAAAAUAAUAGUUAUAAAUUUAGAAUAACGGCCAUAAAUCCUAUUGGGGUUUCUGAAGCAUUAGAAAGUGAGGCAAUAGUAAUUAAGACAGCUUUGGACGUACCAUCACCGCCGUUGGGCCCGUUAGGUAUUUACGGCAUAACUACUGAUUCUGUAACAAUAACUUGGUCACCACCGGAAAGAAAUGGUGGUUCAGCUAUACUGGACUACACUGUGGAAGUAAAAGACGGCAAGAAAUGGAAACACGUCGCCACAGUGACAAACACCACGGCCAGAAUAGAAAAACUGCGUGCAAAUAUGACAUACAAAUUGAGAAUAUACGCCAGAAACGAAAUUGGUGUGAGCUUACCAUAUAUUCCCGAACAAGAAAUUAUUAUUGGGAAAACUUUAUCUCCACCUUCUCAACCUCUAAACGUUGUGGUAAGAGAAAUUACCUCGAGGUCUGUUACGCUUUCGUGGAUGGCACCAGAAAGUGAUGGCGGCAGCAUUAUAACAAAUUACAUAAUAGAGUAUACGACAGUAAACAGAAAAUCAUGGACGAAAAUAAUCACAGUAAAUGGUUCAACGUAUGAGCAUUGUAUUGAGAACAUUCGAGAAAAGGAAGAUCUCAUAUUCAGAAUAUCUGCCGAAAAUGUAAUUGGCAUUAGUUUACCGACAGAAUCUGAAUUAGUACAUUUGGAGAAACAUGCAACUGUACCUUCUCCACCAAUUGGGCCAUUAGAAAUUCGAACAGUAGGCAACAACAUUGUAAUGACGUCUUGGGGAACGCCGGAAUGGGACGGAGGUGCACCUCUUCUGGGCUACAACAUAGCCAUCCGUGAUGUGACGAAGACGAUGUGGAUGGAAGUUGGAAAAGUAGACAGUCAAACACUGAAAUUCAAUAUCAAGGAUUUGAGUGAGAACCAUACCUACAUGAUAAGAAUAUACGCUCGCAACGAAAUUGGUAUCAGCGAACCGCUUGAAUCCGAUGAACCAUUUAAAGUAAUUCCUGGAGAAGAUUCGUAUGCGGAUGAGGAACCUUAUGAACAAACAGAGAUGACGGAGCCGACGUCUUUCAGUACGCAAACGACGACUUCGUGGCUCCGCGAACACAAUAUGGACGCAGAUAUACGAUCGUACGCCCGUGGCUCCCUCUUGCGACGUGACGAGUACUUCUUCAGAAUAUGGUACUACGCCAAACAACUGUUCAAGUGAACUUAUAAACGCACGUUCGAACAUUGACCUGUGAUAUUUCAGAACAAAAUUUAUUGUUCAUAUAGUCCGCGUAUAGUAACCGUUAGACUAAAUUUUGAAGAGCGUCCAUCUUGUAUUCUAUCUCGCUUAAAGUUUGUUACCAUUUUUAUAUGAAUGUAAUUUAAAAGGAAAUAUUUAUUAUAGAUGAUAAGCUAAAUUAUUUAUUUAUUAAAAAAUAUGUUUAAUAAUGUAUUUUUGUAAAAUUUGAUGUUAACAUUUAAGCCUUAUCUUUAUUUUCUUUCUUUGGGAGACGUUUAAAAUAUAGGUGCAUUAUUUUUUAAAUAAUCGAUAAGACUUAAAUAAUAUACAUCGAAUUUUAUUUAAAAAAAAUUGAAAAAUUAAAUAAAUAAUAGCAACCCAAA